GAGCAAUCGGACAAUUGUUUGGGCCUCCUUCGUUAGUUGCAGUCAUUUCCAUUCUCCAAAUUUCGCGGUUAUCCGACGUUUGUUGACAAACCUCGCCCUCUUUUUGACUGCUUUUUGACUCUACCGUUCACUAAUUUCAUUCGGUCAUCCAACUAUUUUCAUGGACCGGGUCCUUUCUUCAAAAAUCGACGAAUGGCUUAAGUGGGAUAAAAAUAAAGCUACUCGCGAUGAGAUUUUGCAUCUGAAGGAAAAUAAUGACGUUGAACAACUGCGAAAGCUUUUGCUGGAGCGCAUGGAGUUCGGAACCGCGGGCCUCCGAGCCAGGAUGGGCCCAGGAUACAGUCAGAUGAAUGACUUGACGAUUAUCCAGACAACUCAAGGUCUUUUGAAAUACUCCUCCCAGCAGUUUAGUAAUCUAAACCAAAUGGGCAUCGUCGUCGGUUAUGAUGCUCGUCACAACAGUCGAAAAUGGGCUUGUUACCUCGCUAACAUAUUCAUUAAAAGCGGAUGUUUUGUUUAUUUAUUUCCUGAAAACUACCCCACUCCAAUGGUCGCUUUUGGCGUGCGACAUUUCAAAACUGCCCUUGGGGUGGUUAUAACGGCCUCCCAUAAUCCCAAAGAGGAUAACGGAUAUAAAGUAUAUUGGUCGAAUGGUUCUCAGAUAAUCAGCCCUCAUGACAAAGGCAUUUCUGUGUGCAUCAAUGAGUGCCUAGUCCCUCGCGAUUCAUCUUGGGAAUGGGAGUCUGUUGAAACCCAUCCUCUUUGCCGUAAUCCUAUGCCGGAGUUAAUUGAUUCUUAUUGCAAACUGCAACGGGAUGCUUUGUGCUUUACGCCCGAAACCAACUCCAAAUGCAAGCAAGUUUUUACUUACACAGCCAUGCAUGGUGUCGGUUGGGACGCUGUGAAAAGGCUCACGUCAACUUUCGGGUUUCCAAAUCCAUUGCCAGUUCCUGAUCAGAUAAACCCUGAUCCCGACAUACCAACUGUCAAGUAUCCAAACCCGGAGGAAGGUCGUUCUGCACUUAACUUGGCUAUAGCCACAGCGGACUCAGCCAAUUCACGAAUAAUUUUGGCAAAUGAUCCGGAUGCUGAUCGUCUGGCUGUGGCCGAAAAGCAGCCUGACGGGCAGUGGAAAAUUUUCUCUGGCAAUGAGCUCGGUGCACUCUUCGGCACGUGGAUUUGGUCCAACUGGAAGAAACGCAACCCGAAUGGUGAUGCAUCCAGAGUAGGAAUGCUAUCAAGCACAGUGUCCUCCAAAAUACUGCAGACCAUGGCCGAACGCGAAGGUUUUUACUUCGAGGAGACACUCACAGGAUUCAAGUGGAUGGGCAACCGGGCAGACGAACUCUCAAAGAAGGGAAUACGCAUUCUGUUUGCAUUCGAAGAAGCAAUCGGUUUCAUGUGCGGUGAUGUGGUGCUGGACAAGGAUGGAGUGGGCGCUUUGGCAGUAAUCUCCGAAUUGAUCGCCCAUGUCUACGCUAAUCAGCUCACUUUACAAAAGCAAUUGGAAAACAUUUACCAACAGUACGGAUAUCACAUAAGCAACAAUAGCUACUACUUCUGCUAUGAACCUGAAAAAAUCGUUUCCAUGUUUGAGCGCAUCCGCCACUGGCCGAAUAAUCCGGAUUCGGCUGGGUACCCUCAAAACUUGGGUCGGUUCCGAAUUCUCGCCGUGCGUGAUUUAACCACUGGGUAUGACACUGCCUACGCGGACUGUAAGGCUGCUUCCAAAUCGUGUGCUUUUCCGAGUGAUGGUUUGUUCUGCACCCAACUCGACUUCAUCUGUGCCACUGUCAUUGACGGUUUUUACUUUUGGGGCUUCAGGUGCGCAUUUUGUUACGGGGCUGGCCUAAAUGUUGCACCUGCUGACUCCUUCACGUUGGUACAUGCGCAUUCCCGUAUCAGUGGAGUGGCCAUGUGGAUCCAACGGAUGAUCAAGGAAGCCAUGAUGCACUCCCCUUGGAUCACUUUUAAUUUGCCAGCCUGA